CUCAGCUGAGCAAUCGUCACCGGCUAUAUUUUGAUCCCCACACGCCACGUUAGCUCUCAAAUGGCCAGCGGCGGCGGCUCGUCGGACGCGGAGGCGGAGCUCCUGCGGGGCUUCAAGACCCUGGCCGUGGCGCGCGCGGCGGCGGUCUACGAGGUGCGGCUCAACCGCCCGGCCCAGCGCAACGCGCUCAGCCCGGAGGCCUUCGCGGAGAUCCCGCGCGCCAUGGCCCUCCUCGACCGCCUCCCCGCCGCGCGCGCCGUCGUGCUCUCGGCCGCCGGCCCGCACUUCUGCGCGGGCAUCGAGCUCGGCGGGCCCGGGAACCCGCUCGCCGCGCCCCCCGGCACCGACCCCGUCGCCGCCGCCGACGGGCUCCGCCGCGCCAUCCUCGACAUGCAGGCCGCGCUCACCGCCGUCGAGCUCUGCCGGAAGCCCGUCAUCGCGGCCGUGCACGGCGCCUGCGUCGGCGGCGGCGUCGACCUCGUCGCCGCCUGCGACAUCCGGUACUGCUCCAAGGACGCCACCUUCGUGCUCAAGGAGGUCGACAUGGCCAUCGUCGCCGACCUCGGCGCGCUGCAGCGCCUGCCGAUGAUCAUCGGCUACGGGAACACAGCCGAACUCGCGCUCACCGGACGCAGGAUCACCGCGCUGGAGGCCAAGGAGAUGGGGCUCGUCAGCAAGGUGUUCGAUUCCAAGCAGGACCUGGAUGCCGGUGUUGCAAAGAUCGCAAAAGAAAUAUCAGAGAAAUCGGCAUGGGCAGUGAUGGGAACAAAGGCCGUUCUGCUGAGAAGCAGGGAUAUAACAGUAGAGCAGGGCCUGGAGCAUGUAGCGACGUGGAACGCGGGGAUGAUGAAGUCUAAUGACCUGAUGGAGGCCAUCAAAGCUUUCGUGGAGAAACGGAAGCCCGUUUUCUCUAAGCUCUGAAUGAUCAAAAUAUACCAUUUUCAGUUUAAAUCAAACUUUAUACCAUAUUUUGCAUCUGUAAAUUUAGAUGUGAAUCUUGGCCACUUGAGAAUAAUGUGAGAUGGACAAUAGCAAUUAGACAAGAAAUACAAGCUCUGCAUUUGCAAAACAAGUGCUGGCUGAAUCAAAGAAGUAUAGGUCCCAUGUUAUAAUUGUUUUUUUAAAUGGUUGCUGUUUUAGCAUAGAAUAUAUGUAGGGUUAAUCGGUUAUGUACGUUGUUGAGGAAUAAAGAGAAUAAUGCUGUUGUUCU